CAUUGAUAUCGAAAAAUGGCGUUCUGUACAGCUGUGGGUUGCGCAAUUUAUAUGUAAAUGUGCACGAAAAACAUAAUUAAUUUUAUAUUUGGUGUGUAUUAAAUAAAUCUAGACUAGUAAAAUGUUAUAUGUGCCCAACUUCUACCUUCAAUACUCCUUAGUGCUCUAGUAUUCUUUCGUCAGUGGAAACCUGUCAGGGACCGUGUAUUUUUUGUGUUAUGGUGAUGUAUUAAAAUAAUAAAUAAUGAAACGAAAAAUAAUACGGCUGUGCAAAUAAUGUAAAUAUAAUGGCUGUGUUAUGGGUGAUUUUAAUUUUGUUCUCAACGGGCCUGGAAUUCUCACAAGGAUUCCCUGUUGACCCAACGCCGCGGGUCUACCCGCACGAGUCAAGUGGGUUACUGUUGGAAGGAUGGAGCAGUACAGUGCUGCUGGCGCUGGCGCUGAUCCUUACUGCCGCUGUAGUGCUGUUUGGAUGUACUUGGUGCUAUCGGCACAAGGAUUGUAAGUUGUUUACCGCGAGCGUGACGCAUCUGCACGAUGGCCGGCGCGCUCAGCCGUUGGACUCGGGUUUCUCUGAGCCGGUCAACAACAACAUUAGUGAAGACAACAACAAUGGUCCGAUAUCGUUGCGGGAGAUGCAGAACAUCGCUAACAACAACGCAGCCGUGUACAUCACUAGCGAGAAUGAAGAGAGGAAUCGGAUUAGUCGGGAAUCGGUCGUUGAAUUCGAACCGCUUCCGGCCGAUAUACGUGUUGUAGAUCCGCUUGAAAGAUGUGCGGAUUGGUUCGCUGGUGAGGAUUUCCAAAGGGACCAACUUCAGUAUCUAAGAGAAAUCGGUCGCGGCUGGUUUGGCAGAGUAGUAAAGGGAGAAGUAGACGAUGGAUGCGGCAUCUCGACUGUAGCAGUGAAGAUCCUCAAUCAAAAUGUCAGUUUGGAAGACAAGGCGCGUUUCCUCGAUGAAGCCCGACUGUAUAGAGACAUGGAUCACGAGAACGUACUGAGUUUCGUUGCUAAAUGCUUGCAGGAAGACCCGUGGAUACUUCUCUUUGAAUUAUGUUCAAUGGAUCUUCAACAAUAUCUAAUAGUGAACCGUCCAAAAAUGGCUAUAUUGAACGAAAGCGGGGUACCCCUUCAACUGAUGUGUGACGUCAGCUCCGCCCUUGCGUACAUUCACUCGAGAGGGUACUUGUACGGCAAUUUAUGGAGUGGCAACAUACUGGUCCGUGGUAAUGAGAACGUUCGCGCCGUCCUCGGAUGUUACAGUGCAAGUGAAGCCCCAGUACAAUGUGCGCCGCCCGAGACGAACAGACAGCCGCCCAUCUACAAUACUAGCAGCGAUGUUUGGUCGUUGGGGUGGCUGGUGUGGGAGGUGUGUGCGUGGGGAGCGACACCACCCCCGCCGCCCGCGCCUGCCCCGGAACUGCCUUGCCCCUACCGGAACCAUCUAUACCAAGUGAUGCAGUUGUGCUGGAGCUCUAAUCCAGAAGGUCGUCCGUCGGCGUCUCAAGUGCACGCUCUCAUAAACCACUUGUACUACACGCACUCUCACACGAACGACUCCGCCAAAGACCAGGGCUACUCCAGCAGUGAUUUCGAGGAACGCUGGCAGAAAUUAAAACCCAAUACCAUACCCAAGAUAGAUGAACACGUAGCGAUCAUACACGCGCCGUCCACCUCCACGGUGUCACAUUUCACUAGAUCUGACCAGGAAUAUGAUAACACACAAACUUUGCAAGAUUCCCUCAGCGUUGAACUAGACACGGCCGUCUCGGGUACUAGCAGCAUAAUGUCCGACAGAGACCCACUGUCUGUUCAACUGAAGUCCGACAGUCUAACUAACUUGCACGGGUCUCUGGAAGACGUAAGAAAUAUCUACCUCACUCACAACGAAACGGCAGCGCUCGAAUGCCAUCAAGGUAAUAUGCAACUAGAGGAUAGUAGGGAGAGGGAACAAGACCGCUCCGACAGCUCUAUGGAUCCUUGGCUGAAGGAUAUAAUGAAUGGCAGUCAAGACGACGUUAGUUAUUACAAAGACGUUAGUGACGUCAUAAAGAAUCUCGAUAACAUUUUGAACUCGGAGAAGACUUCGAGUUCGGAAUCCAGUCACCAAGCCAGUCCAUCCAGGGAUAAUUUAAGUUUAGAGUGUAAGAAAGAUUAUCCAAUGCAAACUAGUAUGGUAAAAUCGCCUGGUAUCAGUAAUUUUCAGAAUAUUCUAGAUAUGGGAUUUGAUUCGAAAUCGGAGAGUCCAGUACGUUGCGAGGAAGACGAAGGAGAUGGUGAUACAAUUGGCACGCUUAGCCAUUCUUUUGAACGGCACAGCGACACAAUAAGUCAGCAGACUUUAGAAAAUCUUACUCCAGACACUCCGAACGUGGACUUAAAAAGUGUUAGUAGCCUGAAUGAUUUCAAACAGAGCCUCGGUAUUAUGAAUAGGGAUAAUUUGAAACCAAGAGAUGAAGAUAGUCAUUUGCCAAAUGAAAAUAAUGUAGUCAGUAAUAAUAGUGUAGUGCCCAAGUUGAUGGAACUCUGUGUAUCCUCAAUGCCUAGUGUAAGUGAAAACAAGGAAAAAGUGAUCUUAAAACAAGACUGUCAAACAUCUAACAAUAAUACAAGUGAACUAGUAAGUGUUUGCAAACAAAAUAAGUCAAUAGAUGAUAAUAUCGCCUUUAUUAAAAAUGAAAUAGACUUAGAAAAUGGGCUAAGAAACAAAGAUGAAAUCAUUGUGAACGAAAAAAUAUCAAAUGAUACUCAACCAGAAGUUAGAAAACAACAGAAAAGUGAUAGCCAUGAACAAUAUUCAAUCACAAAACAGUUUAAUUGUAAUGAUAAUGCAGUUGAUGAAAUUAGUUCAAGUGCUACCAACGACAUAAAAAAUGCUGAUGAGGAAGAAGAAAUUCCUGCCGUUCUCUUACAAAAUACUGAAGGGCCUGAAAUAGCUUGUAAUAAAAUGCUAGAUACGGCUGUACUGUCAAACGAGGGACUAAAUGACGCCAUCAACGAAAUUAUAGCCGAUAAUAGUGAAACCAAAAACAUCUCAUCUACAUGUCAAGGAAAGCAACAAAUUAGCAACGAAAGCAUCAGCCCUGUGAUGAACUGCACUUAUACAAAUAAGUACGAUGAAUCGUUGGAUGCUGAUUUAAUUGGCGAUAUUGAUAAACGACCUUCCAAUGAUAGUGAUAACGUAGCUGCAACACAAAUUGUAAUCCAAGAACCAAUAAUAUCUAAAACCAAUUCAAUAUUACUAGAACAACAUUUGGCUAAAGAAAUAAAAAACGAAAAUACACAUGAAGAAGUAUACACAGAAUUACAGAGUGAUGUGAACGAAACAAGUAACAUGGUUUUAAAGUUGAAGGAAAGCAUUCAAAGCGAUGCUAACCACAUACAUGGAGACAAAAUAAGUGAUGAAUUAAUGCCAGUCUCUGAAAAUAGAGAUGAUUUUUCUGCUGAAGAAAAAAAAAUAUCAAGCGCCAGCUUACAGCCUUUAGAACCAAUAACAAGAACAGAGCAACCUGAAACAGUACAAAAUAGUGAUGUAAACACAUGCGAAUCAAAUGUAAUAGUCAAUAAUGACGGAGUCGAUAGUUGUAGAAGAAUUCUCGAUGAUUCCAUUUCUGAUAAAGUUCAAACUAGUGAUAAAGUAAUUCCUGGUCUUAUUCGUGCUGAGGCGUUUGCAACUGAAGAAAAUAUUACACGAGAGGCCGAAGAUGCAAUAGAAUCUAAUAUAAGCCCCAAUGAACAAUCAUCAACAGAAAAAUUUAGUGAUAGCACUGUAUAUAUGGAUCUCAUUAAUGAUACGAAUAGUAAAAUUUUAAAAGACGAAUCCUUAGAUAGUAAUAUUAAAAAUGUCAUUAAAUCUUGUUUAGAUGUAUCCGAUACGGACACCCAAUGGAGUUUAGUUAAAAACGAUUCCACGGUUUAUUUAGAUCUCCCUAGUUUGGUAAAGGAAACUCAUGAUUUUCUACAUUCUGAAAAAAUGUUAAGUAGUAAAACUGUUGAACUUGGUAAUGUUUAUACAAGUACGCCUAAGGGCAGUAAUACAUCAACUGACAGUACUUUAGAGGCUGAAGAUCAGGAGACAGAAAUUAUGUCUGUGACUAAAGUGCCCGACUAUGGACCGGGAGUGACGUUAACAAAAUUAGAACAAAAACACGUCCCGGAAAAUGUAAGUCCAUUUGACUCUCCAUCUAAGAGUCACCACACAGACACCUAUGAUGAAAACAGUUCCGUAGUACUAGGCCCUUUUGAAAACUUCACCCUUGACCUUUUUAAGGGUGUUAAGUCAGACCUUACCGACCUCCACAAAGAAGAGAUACUGGCGCUCUCAUCAAACUUUAGCGAAAUGAACUUGGAAACGCCUUCUCCAUUAAGGGAUAGCAAUUUUCUCAAUGAAGUUCCGGAUAUUGUACCGGACGAAUUGCAUUUUGAUGAUAUAGCAACGCUCAGUGAAGGAAAGCCGGAAUCCCUCUCAGCCAAUAAAACGGAAGAAACUGAAGAACAAUCUUCGACGGAAAAACAUGUUUCGCCUUUGACACCACCUAAUUCGCCAGGAAAUUUUCUUGCCACUACAAGCCAUCAAAAAUACUUAGUUGACAUAGAUAUAAAUAAUUCUAAUUUGCCAAAUGCUUCCAACGAAGAUGUCGUGGAUUUAAACCAAAUUGAUCUCCAAAUUACUACAAAGUUGGCAAUGGCUGAGAAUGAGAACAACAUGAAUUUAGAGUACUCGGGUCCAUUAACCGAAGAAAGCCUUAUAUUUAAUGAGUCUGUUAUAAUAGCAGAUAGCGAAGCUGUAGCGGAGUCUUACUUGGCAGGCAAUAAAAGUUCAGGAGAGAAUUUAAGAGAUAGUCUUGCCAUUGAUGAGGAAAGAAUGAAAGAACUGAGAAACGAAUUGGAAUUGAAACUGCCAUUAGCUCAGGUAGCAGGAAUCGAACCUGCUGUAGAGAGUGAGUGGACGGAACUACCUCCGCCUCCUGAGCUAGUUUUAACUUAUGGCGCGCUAUCACCGAUCGCUGAGGAGACACGCAUGCAACUGUCUGCAUACGAAAAUGAUGAUCAAUGGAACACAUCAACCCGUACGGAGUCUUCUGCGAGCUAUCCCGAGCCUUGCAACAACUCCGACGAACUAACAGACCUUCCGACCGCGCAACACUCCACAUACACGAUCACCAAGGAUAUAAAUCACACCUACACUGUACAGAAAGAAGUUCCAAGCAGCAAAGAAAUCACCAUGAGCGCUGACAGCUUAAACGCCAGUCCGUUGAAAAAACUGGAUGAAAUCCCAUCUCCAAUCGACGAUUUGACAUACACUAAGAACGACGAUGAAAAAGAUGCGAACUGCGAAAGAUUGUCUCAAGUAUCUCCAUUUCUUCUCAGCCCGACCACAGAUACAUCAGUACCAGAAUCAGAUAACGUAGCUGGUGUUUCAACAGUAUCAAAAACAACCGUCCCCACAGACGCGAAGACGUCCAAGCCGUCCGAAACCCAAUGUUUAUCAAAGGCAGCAAGUAUAGACUCGUGGUGUUCAAACGACACGCUAUAUAAUGUUGAAGAAAACUUUGACGAUCUUGCGAUGGAUUCGGACGUAGCUGUGGAUAUCGAGGCUUAUAUAGAAAAGGAUAUGAGUGAAAGUGAAGACACUCUCACCCACAACGAUGAUGAUAAGGAAUUAAGCCAUUGUUCCACGUAUAUCAUUCACGACAGUAAAUCUGAAGUCUGCGAAACAUUUACACCAGACUCAAUUACUGCUAACGAUAAUUACACGUACACGAAAGUAAAAUCAGAAGCGGUCGGCACUACGCCCUCCGUCAUAACGAAAUCUGAUUUAAACGACUCAACAAAAAAUACUCAAACGAAAGAUUUAGCAUACGGAACCUUAAUGUCCGGGCUACCGACUUACUCACACUGCACAACGGAAUUGGCAUCGGGUAUAGAUGACUCGUGGAAACUUCAGCAACCAGAGUUGGUUAGGAGAUCUCCAAUAGGCGAUGAAGAUAAAUUUACUCCUCCAAAAGUCAUUGAGAAUAAAAAAAGUUCUGAAAACGAUGGUCCUCAGCUUAGUGUAGAGCCGCGAUUAAGAAAAAUAGAUAGUGUUGAAAUCACGUGUCUGAAGGAUUCAUCUGAUGAAGUCAAUAAGUGUGAGAGUUUAGAAGGACCGAGCUUAAAUGAAAACGACAAUAACGGAAGUCCGAAUAUCCAUUUUCGUAACUUGGCCCAAUCGGUAACCAGCACUCCGUUUUCCAUCGUGGUCGAAGAUGUAGACGAAGUUGAAUCAAUACCUAUCAAACUGCCUGAUGCUGACGAAGAUAAUUCAGAGUGCGUUGCAAGCAGUCUUCCCAACUUCCAAACGUUUUUUCAGUCGGCUGAAAAAAGACCUCAUGACAUAUCAUCUAAUAAUAGCAAAGAUGGUGUUAGUUCCGAAAUUCUAUUAGAAGGGGAGAGUAAAUCGAUUAGUAACAAAGAUUUAACAGAUAAUACACCAGGAUAUUCGGACUUUGAAAAUUCUGCAAAUGCAAAGCCCCAGGACACUAUCGAGUCGGAGAGAUCUAGUCAGAUAGAAGGAGGGAGUCAGGAUGAAUUCCAAAAGUUCGAGAGUUCGGUCAAAAACCGCCCACAGGAUCUUUCGUCGGUUACCGAUGCUAGCUCUCUUUUAUUAAAAAGCGAAAGGCGAUCUAGCGAAAUAGCUAUGGGCCUCUACACUAACGCUGACUUUGAUAUUACUAGUCAAUCGGUUAAACAAAGCUCAGAAACAGAAUCUCCUAGUUAUAUAGUUAACAUUUCGAACCUGGCUGAAUCUCACGCGUUAUGUAAUGAUCAACCAUUGAACGUAUUUAUUACUGAUUUGGAUGCGGAAGAAGAGACAGAACAGCCGCAUUCGAUUAUAAUAACUGAGAGUCCCCUAAUAGCUGCUAAGGUGAGCCCUAACAGAACUUUCGACUCGCAUUCAAAGUCGAACCGAAACAAUGCAAACGACUCUUAUGAUUCACACGCCAGUGGCUAUCAAGCCGUCAAGAAUAUUUGGGUCAACGAAAGUUUUGAACCAAAUGAAAGAGUCAAUGGCUUAAGCGGCGCUAUAUUAGUUGAUAAUAUAUGCGAAAACGAGGCUCUAAGUGAUGUUCAGUUUUCUUCGAUUAGUAUUUACUCCGAACCUAGUGCGAGAGAAUCUCAAAGCGAAUCUUUGACAGGAAGAGAAAAAAGUGUUCAAGAAAACAGAUCAGUGAAAAAUUCAGAUGAAAAUGUUGUUUUAAAAGAAGGCACUAAAUGCAAUGGAAGCAAUGAAGUGUAUGCAACAGUGAACUAUCUGCACGAAACGUUCGAGGAACUGUUAGAGAGUAACGUGGACGAUAACGACUUCGGCAGCAGCGACGUUAACAGAGAGGAGCAAACUAUUAGUUGCGAGAAAUCAACUGACAUCGUAACGGAUUCGGAAUCCAUCAUGAGUCAGGUCAACGACGAGGGAUCGCUCAAUGAAGUAACAGCGGACGUCUCCGUCGACAAAAAUAAGCAAAACGACGGCGGUGACAACGAAGAGGAUAAAAAGAUAGCCCUGGUAACAGACAAUUUCUUACAAAACGAAAAGAACUUCUGCCAAUUGGAUUCCUACUUUCCCCUUCUCAGCGAUAUAAGAUUUACUGGUCCGGCUACUGAAAUAAUGAGCACAUCGUUCACCCAAGAUUCACCAACUGAUCCAACGUCACCUGAGUGUGAGCAGGAUAGCAAAAAAGAUCCCACAGCCGAGAUAUUGAAAGAGUGGGACAGCGAUAGCGAUAGUCACUCGUCUAACUCGUCCAGCGGUGAAUUCAUAUGGAAGGACGGCGACGGACAGCUGACUUCGCUGGUCCCAUCCACUGUGUUCGACCACCAACGGGAGGGUGUAUCCCAGAGUCAGGCGGGAGGAGGUGAUGUCCAGGGUGAGGGUGCCGCGUCCUCGGGCGGAGAAUCCGGUUCGGGAUCGGAAGGAGACGAAGUUGAGUUCGUGCCCUCCUCCUGGGACUGUAGGGCUGCUCCGGCUAAAUCAUCUCUCAGAAGUUUAGAACAACCACCUGAGAGCAAGAAACGUGUUGUUUUCAAGAGGCAGAAGUACCACUGUGUGUAUGAAUAUCCUCGUGAAGUCGCUGACAUCGAAGUGGACUCUCCAGCGUCAUACCUGCCAGACUACUCCACUUAUUCGGACUGGGAUCCGACGAGCGCUGAAGAAGCGGAAAUGGGAUACGGACAGUUAUACGGAGGACCUGACCCCUUAGAUCUGUUCUCAUUACGCUCAGGGAUAGCGUUUGGAGCGGAUUACGACGAAGACUUUUUCAUAUCAUCAUCGGCUCGACCUUUCGAGAGCUUAGGCGUUAUGUCCACCACAAGCCAGUUCUUCCCGGGCAUGCACGUAAAGCCUAUGCUGGAGCGUCAGCUGUCUGAUGACGUCAGCGAGGACUUUCCCCCUCCCCCGUCUCCCCUAGCGACCCCUGUACACACCAACAGUAAUAAUACUCAAACAGCGAUAGCCCUUACACCGACGCCGUCCUUCGACUUCACAACCCCUGACUCGGGUGUCGAAGAUAUAACUCCCGGCUCGACGGUAGAAGAAGACUUCAAAGAUAAGAGGCUCCCGGAAGUAGAUGCGUGCUGGCGCGGUGACAGCGCCAGCUCAAGCGAAUCAGUCAGCCCGAGCUCGCCCAGAGAGGCGCUCGGGGGUCUGCGGCACACGAGGGAUAAACUGAAGUUAGAUCUACCGCCCAGUCCGCACGCACACGCGCCGUCACCCAGACACAGUCGCGUGUUCAGUUUCGUGCUCGACAAACCCAAGAGAUCUAACUCUGGAGAGAUUACAGACGAGUCGGCGACGGUACCUCCGACCACCACCGACACAAGGGAAGACGUCAUGCCAGAACCGACCUUCUCCACGUUCGGGAAGAGCGCCCACUGCAGGCCGGCGAACAGCUCGGACACUGAUAAGAUCAUACUAACAGAUGAAUUACUGCAGUGCGAGAUGACCUCGGAGGAGGUGAAGGAGGGGAACGCUAGGGGAGAGACGAAGGGGGAGGGGACCGUGCUGGACAGUGGGGAUGAAGACUCGGGGAUAGAGAGCAGCGCCAAGACAACGCUAGAGAGAAACAAACCGGCCUCCGACGUGUCCUAGAGAAAGUGUAGUCAGUAGGCUGUAUAUAAGCUAGGGCUCCCGCAGUAUUGGGCUAGGUGGUAUGGACGAGGAUCCAGGAAUAUUCAGUUAUCAAAAACAGCUAAUGCUAUAAUUUUCUUCCAUAAUUUUUAUUAACAAUAUAAUAAUACCUUCAUAUAAAGGUCCUUGUCCUAACAAACCACCACAUUUUUGUUCUGACCCCAACGUAUCCCGGCGUCGCCUGAGACGUCGCUGAUCGCCGACCGUAGUAAAUACAUUAGUUUCGCAUGACAUGUUAUACAUAUCGAAUUUAGAUCUGUUUUUAUGAUUGUAAUGAUACGAACAAUGGAGAUACGUACUAUAUAAAGAUGGCUGCCGGCGCGCGAGCAGACCCGCCCCCGCCCCCGCCCCGCCAUCAUUGAUACACAACAAUGGUACAAAGAGCCGUGAAUUAUUUAACGUAUGUGUAGAUAUAGCGCUGUCAUAUUUAUAAUUGUAUUUGUAAGGAAUGCCUUCUCGGCUCGUUCUCGCCAUAGUUACGGCCUACGAUAUUUUACACGGUCGCAGUUAACAAAUGAUAGUUUAGAUGCUAGUUAAAAUUUUUAUUGUUCACAUUAUAUAGUAGCGUUUUAUUAGAUUUUACGUCGUAGUCUCGAGGCAUGUCACUGGAACACGCGAUGUUAUAUAUUUUUUUUAUUUAUUUGAUUACGUAACAUGUAUUUGAUUAUAAGGAUGUAACGAGUUAAGUGUAUGUGUUGUGUCGUAAAUUAACUCUGUUUCCGUAGUAUUUACCGUACUUAUACAAACAACACUAUCGCGCACAACGGCUACGCAUCACUAUUAUUUGGGGUGCAGUUCGGAAACAAUUAUUUUAAUAUAUUAUUUCUGUUUUCUUAUCACAUGUUAUAUUCUAUCAAUGAUUUCUCAGCCGGUCACUUUCAAACGGUUUGUCGGACUGCACUCAUUAGUGUCUCGAUAUCGAAAGCCAACUCCUAGUUAAGUGAACUCAUUAUAUCUAGUAAGUGUUAGUCGUAUGUUCGGGGGUCGUCGAACGUUUCGUAUCUAUUGAGUCUCGGCGGACGGAAACUCAGUACUAGUAAUUUUUACCUUUAUACCGUAACACUUAGAAUAUAGAUAUGAAUGUUAUCGAAGUAUAGUAUCGCACCGAGCGUACGUGAGCCGCCGAGCCGCCGAGCCGCCAGUGCCAGUGCGCGUCAUCCCGUGAGGAGAACGUCCAAGUGUGACCUCGUGUGCAAUCCUCCUCGUUUCCGUGUCGCGGUUUAGUUAUUUAGUCGUGUACUGUAAAUAUAAUUUAAAAUUUAUGAAUUGGAAACGGUAAUUGUUUUUUUUUUAAUAAGAAAAAUGUAUUAAUUCUACUACAUGUUUAUUGUUCUGAUCUUUAUUAUUAUUACUUUUUACAGUUUUUUUUUAAUUGUUUCGUUAAUGUACAGUUGUAAAUAAUCGGUAGAUGUUCAUUUUGUUGCAAUUAAAAUGGAGGUUUUAUGUUUUUUUUUUAGAUUUAGAAUGCGAAAUCGAUGAUCCAAGGUUUCGGUUGGCCGGGCCGGUAUAUUAUUAAACUGAUUAGAUUUUAUAUAUAAUGAAUACAAUAAUCUCCAAAACCAAUGGACUUGUUUAAUUACAGUUAUACAAUAAUUACAUGGAAUUAUUACAAUUAAUUUGUCUUACAAUUAUUGCUGUAUUUAUUGUUUGUAAGUUGUUGUUUUGUAUGAACUCAGCAGUAUUUAGUGAAUGUAAACGCAUCGGAAGUUUUUUUUCAUAUUGUGACUUUGUGGAGUCUUUAAAAAUAUUUAUAUGAAAAAUAAAUGAUUAAAGUUUGUGACUU